CCCCCAUCCCCACCACCCACCCCGCCCACCAUGCCUCGCUUCUACGAGAGCAAAUACCCCGAGGUCGACCAGCUCGUCAUGGUCCAGGUCCAGUCCAUCGAGGACAUGGGUGCCUAUGUCAAGCUCCUCGAGUACGACGGUAUCGAGGGAAUGAUCCUGCUUUCCGAGCUGUCGCGACGACGUAUCCGUUCGGUCCAGAAGAUCAUCCGUGUUGGACGUAACGAGGUUGUCGUUGUCAUGCGUGUCGACCCCGAAAAGGGUUACAUUGACUUGUCGAAGCGUCGUGUGUCGGCCGAGGACGUUGUCAAGUGCGAGGAGCGGUAUGAGAAGGGCCGUGCCGUCGACUCGAUCCUCACCCAGGUCGCCAAGAGGCGCGGCGUCACCCCCGAGUCAUUGUACGAGCAGAUUGCCUGGCCCCUUCACCGCAAGUACGGCCACUCGUACGAGGCGUUCAAGCUCUCGAUCAGCGAGCCCGAGGCCGUGUUCGGAGAUCUUGGCAUUGACGAGGAGACGCUCAUCGAGCUCAAGCACACGAUUGCCCGCCGUCUGACGCCCAAGCCUGUCAAGGUCCGCGCCGACAUCGAGGUCAAGUGCUUUGCCUACUCUGGUAUCGAGGCCAUCCGCAAGGCCCUCAAGGCCGGUGAGGCCUGCUCGACCGAGGAGGUUCCUAUCAAGGUCCGCCUGGUCGCCCCUCCCCUCUACGUCAUGACGACCACUUCGACCGACAAGACGGCGGCCAUCGAGACGAUGGAGAAGGCCGUCGAGGCCAUUGGCGCUGUCAUCACCGAGGAGAAGGGCGACAUCAACGUCAAGAUGGCCCCCAAGGUCGUCUCGGAGACGGACGACGCCGAGCUCAAGGCGCUCAUGGAGCAGUUCGCCCAGGCCAACAUGGACGUUGCUGGCGACGACGACUCGGAGGAGGAGGACUAGGCGUAGACCCCCAUAUGGGAGGAGACGGCAGAGACGAGGCGCCGGGAGCACGCAGCUACCGGUUGCGCUACAGGCAGGUCUUUGGAGGGCCAUUGUCACCAGAUGCAUCGAUAUCCAGU